AUGCGAUGCGCGAGCAAGGCCGCCGAGAGCGCGUCUGCACGUCUCUGUGCGGACGCCGAAGCAGAAACUACAGCAACUGAUGUCUCAUCGGUUGCUGAAGCGACCCAGCCUGUGUCACUUGGUGAUGCAGGCGCUGGUCAUGAAGACACUCAUGUCUUCACAGAGUACGAGCUCGGUGUCUCGUACUCUCCUGAUACGGAAGACGGAUCCGUAUCGACGGCGAUCGAAUCCAAGCCGCCUGCCAAGCGUGGCAUGGAUGAUGCUAUGCGUCGCAGCAUCUUUGGUUCAUCUGAUUCAUCAGAUGAACCAUCACCGAAGCGAAGGCGCUCGAGGUCGCGAGACUCGGGCGCUCACAGUGGUGUCGAUUUUCCUGUUGACACCACUUCGCAACGAGGUGCCAGUCCUUCUGUCGGCACGUCGCAGGAAGAGCGGGACCGCAAUGUCUUGCGUCUCGCUCAUGAGAAGAAGGCAUGGAUGCCUCCGAAAUCUGUCAUGGAUCACUUGUCGGUGACGACGAGUGAUCGUUAUCGUACACGGUUGUUCGAUUCGUCAAGGAUCCAUCACCUUGACCCCAGCGCGAAGAACUAUCGCGCUGAGCAUGAAUUCUUCAUCGAUGCUUUCUUUAAGCAUCGAUGGUACAGUGGGAAUCACAAACGUGAUGGUCCCUCACUACUUUAG